AUGCCAAAAUACAAAAUACAGGUUCAAGUUCCACGGGUUAACAGAAAUGGAUAUGAGAAAAGCCAGGUAGAAAUACCACCAAUGGAUGAUUACGAUGACAUUGACGACCCUACAUUAUCCUUCGAACGGAAUCGUAUCAAGCAACUUCAAGAUGAACGAGUUCAUAUUCAGAAGAAAACUUUCACGAAAUGGUGUAAUUCAUUUCUCAGCAGGGCACGACUAGAAAUAGUAGAUUUAUUUGUGGAUGUUGGAGAUGGUGUAUUACUAAUGAAAUUAUUAGAAAUUAUUUCGAGCGAAAAGCUUGGUAAACCUAAUCGAGGACGAAUGAGAGUUCAAAAAAUUGAAAAUCUAAAUAGGACGCUUGAUUUUCUAAAAAAGAAACGUAUUCAGCUGGAAAAUAUCGGUGCGGAAGAUAUAUUGGAUCAAAAUGAACGUCUUAUUCUUGGACUUAUUUGGACAAUUAUACUUCGCUUUCAGAUUGAUACCAUUUCAAUACCGAUGGAUGAAGAAUCAGGAGAGAGGAAGCAUGCUAAAGACGCACUUUUGCUGUGGUGUCAACGGAAAACAGCUAAUUAUGCAAAUGUUAAGAUAGAGAACUUUACUACUUCGUGGCGUAAUGGUUUAGCGUUCAAUGCAUUAAUCCACGCUCACAGGCCAGAUUUGGUCAAUUAUGAAGACUUAUCACCUCUGGAUGCAAUUGGAAAUUUAAAUAAUGCAUUUGACGUGGCGGAAAAAAAAUUAGAAAUUGCACGUUUGUUAGACGCAGAAGAUGUUACCGUAGCACACCCAGAUGAAAAAUCAGUUAUUACAUAUGUCUCACUUUAUUAUCAUCAUUUUGCCAAGCAAAAAACAGAAAUGACUGGUGCUAGACGAGUAGCAAAGAUCGUUGGUAAUCUGAUGUCUUCGGAUCGACUUCAAGAAGAAUAUGAGAUGCUGUGUUCGGAAUUACUUCUUUGGAUACAGCAAACAAUUGCUAUACUGAAUGACCGACGAUUUCCAAAUUCAUUAAAAGGAAUUCAAGAUGAAUUAUUGGUUUUUAAGAAUUAUCGUACUGUUGAAAAACCUCCAAAGUACAAGGAAAAAGGAGAGUUAGAAGCAUUAUUUUUUACGAUACAAACGAAAAGAAAAGCAAUGGGACGAAAACCAUAUAUUCCAAAAGCGGGUUUAUUUAUGCAUGAUAUUGAGUCAGCAUGGGCGCUACUUGAUCAUUCUGAAAAUGAAAGGCAGUUAGCUUUAAUGAUGGAGUUACGACGACAAGAACGGUUGGAGCUAAUGGCUCAAAAAUUUGAAAGAAAAGCGGGAUUGCGAGAUGCAUGGUUACGAGAAAUGAGUUCUGUUUUGAAAGAUUUUGAUUUGGGGCGAAAUAUUGCUCAAGUAGAAGCAUCAUUAAAAAAGCAACAAGCUAUUGCUGCUGAUAUUUUACCUAGAGAAGAUCGAUUCAAGUCGUUAUCAUUGAUGGCUGCUGAAUUAUCCAAAGAAAAUUAUCAUGACAGCGACAAAAUACGAAUUCGUGAACGUGAACUAUUAGAAAAAUGGUCACUGUUAUUAUCAGCUUUGGAAGCAAGACGUCGCGCACUCUUGUCAUUAAGCGAUUUGAUGAGUUUGCUUCGAGAUAUUGGGACAUUAUCAUCUGAGAUUCGUGCUCUUGAACCACAAUUUCGAAGUCGCGAUUUUGGCAAACAUUUAUUGGGGGUGGAAGAUUUGCUUGGUAAACAAGAAAUCCUGGAAGCACAACUAAACUCACAAGGAGAAUUGUUGAAAAAUGUAACAUCUCAGGGAUUAGAUUAUAUCCGAGGAAAAGGCGAGCAAUGCGAUGUACUGCAGAGAAAAUUAGAUGAUGUUAGCGUACUUUAUGACAGUGUUUUACAACUAUGUCAACAACGCAGAAUAGCAUUGUAUCGUGCUCGUGAUUUGUAUCGUUUCAUUCAAGAUCAUGAAGAAGAAAUUAGUUGGUUACAAGAGAAAGAAAAUUUGUGCAUUUCAUUACUCAAAAAUAAAGAUCUUUCGGCCACUGCACAAUUCAGACGCAUUUUUAAGAAUUUGGAAACAGAAAUGGAAGGACACUGGCAGCGAGCAAAGGUAGUCAUCGCAGCUGGAGAACGUCUUAUAGGAGCGGGUCAGAAUAAAGAAGAUAUUCAAACCCGAAUCUAUAAUUUACACACAAAAUGGGAGCAUUUGAGAAAGGUGACAGAAGCGGUUGGGAAAUGGUUACGUGAAGCUGAGCAGGCGCAUCAGUACUUUCAAGAUGCAAAUGAAGCUGAAAGUUGGAUUCGUGAAAAACUUCCGCUCGUUAAAAGUAAUGAUUAUGGGCGUGAUGAGCAAGCAUCAGAAAAUUUGUUAUCGAGGCAUAUGCACUUGGAAGAAGAGAUCCAAGCUUAUAGAGCAGAUAUUAUAAAACUCGAAGAAAUGGCUAGAGAGAUGGUAAAUACAGAAUUUAUUGCGGGUGCUGUUGUUCGUGUAAAAGAAGAUACGGAAGAGCUUAUUGUACCUCAAGUGAUUAUGCUUUAUCCUUAUUCUCGAGAUGGUAUUGAAGUCAAAAAAGAUGAGAUAUUAGCAUUGAUUGAAAAAACAAACAAUGACUGGUGGAGUAUUCUGAAGCGAGACGGUACCGAAGGUUAUGUUCCUGCAAAUUACUGCAAAAUUGUGGAGGGCGAAACAGUGACGGUUGCACAAACAAUAACUGCUAGGGAAGCAGAACGUGAACCACAAGAUUCUCGUCAUGCAAUAUUGCAACGUCAAGAAGCCAUCAGUGCCGGUUAUCGGAAUUUGAAUAAUCUUGCACAGGAACGAAGAAGACUUUUAAUUGAUAUGAUUAAACUGUACAAGUUUUUACGUGAGUGUGAUGAAUUUGAAACAUGGGCAAAAGAAACUAAGACUGCUCUUGCGGAUAGCACAGCUUCAGAAAAUGUGAAAGCUUCAAGGAAAAAAUUCAAUAAACUUGAAAAUGAAAUAAGUGCAAAUGGUGAGAUACAGUUGAAAGUUAUUAAUGAUUUUGCCGAAGAAUUUAUCAACGAGGGUCAUACUCAUAGUGAUGAGAUUCGGCGACGUCAGGAUGAAGCAAAUCUUUUGUGGAAUAAAAUAUUGAAUCUUUUGAAGAUGAAACAGCGACAACUUGAAGCUGCAGAAAGAGUCGCAGCAUUCAAUGAAACUUGUGAAGAUGCCCGCUCCUGGAUGCAGGACAAAUUUGAUUUAUUGGAGCAUAAGGUUGACAUGAAUGAUCCAAAAGCUGUUCAAACGAUACAAAAGCGUUACCAAAAUUUAGGGAAAGAUCUUAAACCGUUGGAAGAAAAAAUCUGUUAUUUACGACAACUUGCUAACGAGGUUAAAAAAGAACACCCGGAAGAAGCUGCAAGAAUCGAACAAAUGAUCAAGGAACUGAUUGCAAUGCAUAAUGAAUUGAAGCAAAAGUCAGCUGCACGUAUCGAAGAAGCAGAACAAACGCAAGGACGUCAGAUGUUCGAUAACGCUGUAAAAAAUUUGCAAACAUGGAUUGAGAAAACAAAGGUAGCUUUAGCUGAUAAUACUCGACCAGUUGAUGUGUCAUCAGCUGAAGAACUACUGAAGAAGCAUUAUGAACUGAACGACGUCAUAACUGGUAAUAAGUACGAAUUUGACUAUGUGCGUGACCUUGGUCGACGUUUGCUUCAAAAGAAUCCAUCGCUUGAAGAUGUGAGAGAAAAUCUCAGAAAAGUGGACAUCGAACAAGAAUCAUUGAAUUCAUCGUGGAAGAAAAAGGAGCGACGAUUAAAAGAACUUCUAGAUUUGCAGUUGCUAAACACAGAGGCAGAAAGAAUUGAUGCAGCUACAAAAGGACAUGAAGCUUUUCUCGAGCUUUCAAACUUAGGAGAUUCGGUGGAGAUAGCUGAAAAUCUGUUGAAACGUCACACAGAUUUCGAAGCAAAACUUCGAGCUCAAGAAGAUCGUUUGAAAGUUUUUGUGAGAAGUGCUGAUCAGUUAAUCCAGGCAAAACAUAGCGAAGCUGAAUUUAUUAAAAAGCGUGUUGAUGAUGUACUUUCACACCGAUUAGCAGUCCAUCAAGCGGCCGCUAAACGACGAGCAUUACUGGAAGCAUCGCUACAGUUUCAAAAUCUACGCCGGAAUAUUCAGGAACUGUCGCAAUGGAUAGUGGAAAAGAAGAAAAUUGCUAAUGACGAUUCAUAUCGAGAUUUUGCGUCAAUUGCUAUGAAAUUAUUAAAACACAAGGCAUUUGAAGCGGAAUUGAAAGCAAACUCAGCACGUUUAGAUGAACUAAAUGCGGAAGGAAAUGCACUUAUAUCAACCCAGCAUUAUGAAUCAAAAUCCAUGCGAAAAUUAUUAGAUGGUGUAAAUACAGAAUGGGCCGAAUUAAUACGCGCAGCAAACAUUAAAGGAGAACGUUUAAAGCAAGCUGAACAUCAAAAAGGAUUGAAUAGUGCUUUAGAUGAUGCGCAUUUGAAAUUAGAUGAAAUAGAAUCAUCACUGAGUUCCAAAGAUUUGGGAUCAGAUUUGCGUGGUGUAAAAGAAUUGAUCUAUAAGCAGGUGAUGGUAGAAAAGGAUAUGACUGUUUUUGAAAAAAGAAUCAUUGAAAUGAGAGAAAAAGCAAAUGUGAUGGUACAACAAAAACAUUUUGAUUCGUUCACUAUCACAAAAGCUGUACAGAAGCUUAUUGACAGAUUUGAAUCGUUGAAAAAACCAGCGGAAGAUCGUAGAAUUGCUCUAGAAGAAAGCUUAAAAUGGCACCAGCUCUCAUUUGAUGUUGAUUGUGAAAUGCAUUGGAUUUCAGAAAAAGUACCAAUUGCAGCAUCGGAAGAAACUGGUCGUUCACUAACAGAAGCUACCAACAUGCAAAAAAAACACGAGCAGUUAGAGGCAGAAGUGGCAUCACGAUUACCUCAUAUCGAGCAGACAUUACAGCGUGGUAAUGAGCUGGUUGAAGAGGAGCAUUACGCUAAAGAGCAAAUAAAAAGUAAAUGUGGUCAGCUUUUGGAGACUUGGUUGCAGUUGGAUAGUUUAAUGAGUAAACGAAAAAAUUUAUUAGAUUGGGCACUGAGAGAAGAGCAGUAUAUGUUCGAUGCAGCAGAGGUUGAAUCUUGGAUGAAUGAGAAACGUGAAGCUUUGACUUCAAAAGAUUAUGGUCAAGAUGAAGAUAUGGCUCAGAAGUUGUUAGCUAAGCAUAAAGCUUUGCAAACUGAUAUGGCUGCAUAUAAGCAGUGGUUGCAGAAAUUAGCUGUUCAGUGUGAAGAUCUGAAAAAUUUAAAUAAAUCAAACAAUGAAAGAUUUGUGACGAGACAAGUAGAAUUGGAAAAUGAAUUUGAAAUGCUUUCAAAAUUGGCGGAACAAAGAAGGGUUCAACUUGAAAAUGCUGUGUAUUUAUAUCAGUAUUUGCGUGAAACCCAUGAUUUAGAAACAUGGAUUAAUGAGCAGUUACAGAUUGCGAUGAGCGAAGAUUAUGGGAUAGAUUACGAACAUUUAAAGGAACUGCAAAAUCGUUUCGAAGAUUUCAAACAAAGUGUCAAAACCGGUAGCGAAAGGUUUGUACAUUGUGAAGCAGCAGCAAAUACCUUACUGAAACGAAAUCCACCUUUCGCUCGAGAUAUCUUGAAGCGGCAGGAAAAACUAAGAUCUGUGUGGACGCUUCUGCUCGAUUAUAUUCAGAGUCGUGAUCAAAAACUUGAUGUAGCUCAAGAGUUGCAUCGUUUUAAUCGCGAUGUUGCUGAGAAUCAGGAACGGAUAGCUGAAAAGCAAGCUUCGAUUCCUUCAGAACUUGGUAAGGACAUCAAACAAGUUCACUCUUUAUGGCUGAAACACGAAGCAUUUGAAAAUCAACUGGGUGCCAUGGAGCAACAGCUACAUGAUCUAUUAGAAGAAAGUGCACGCUUGAAAGCUGCUUAUCCUGGAGGUAAUGCAGAGCAUAUUACAUCACAACAAACGGCGUUAGCUGAGGCUUGGCAAGAUUUACAAGAUGCUACUGUUUCACGACGCGAUAUGCUGAAAGCUGCAUAUGAUUUCCAGCGCUUUUACGCAAACGCCCGUGAUUUGUUAGCCUGGACAGAAGUAAUCAUUCGUGAUAUGCAGAGCGAGCAAACUGUGCACGAUUUACAAGGUGCUGAAUGGCUUCAGAAAGAACAUCUGCAACUGCAGGCUGAAAUUGAAGCGCGUGAACCUGAAUUCUCUAAACUAGCUGCUCGUGGUGAAAGAAUGAAAGCAAAUGAACAUUAUGCAAGUGCAGAAAUUGAAGAAAAAUUGAAGCAGGUUGAUCGUGCAUUAAAACAAGUUCAUGAGGAAUGGACUGCACGACGUGAGUGGUUGUCUCAAGUACGUGAUUGGCACGCAUUUCAACGAGAAGCCAAACAAAUUCUAGCUACAAUUGCGGCUCGACAAGCGACGCUCUGUUAUGGAGAGAUUGGAGGAACUGUGGAUGAAGUUGAAAGUCAAAUCAAAAAGGUGGAAACAUUUGAGAAAGCACUUACCACUCUCGACGACCGGAUUUAUGUUUUACAAAAGACUGCUAAAGAACUAGUCACUGCUAGACAUGUCGAAUCAUCAAAAAUCAGCUUACUUAUGAGACAGGUGGAGAAUGCUUUGACACAGCUUAAAGUAGAGGUAAAUGUUCGAAAAAGUAAUCUAAACGAUGCAUUGGAUUUGGCUCGAUUCAAUAGUGAUAUUAUGGAGAUGGAAAGCUGGAUUGACGAUAAACGUAAAAGAAUAAUUGCUGAAAGCGAUCGACAAGCAAAACUGACUAGUAUAGAAGAUAAAAUGAAACGUCUUCAGAAGCAUCAGGCAUUGGAAGCUGAACUAUCUACAAAUGAAUCACGUAUUCAAGAAAUUGCGAAACGCGCAGAAGUACUGGCAUCCAAACCUACCAACGAUGCUCAUGACAUUAACAAAAGAACAUCGGGAAUGCUUAAACAUUGGAAUGAACUGGUGACUAUGUCGCGCGAUCAGAGUAGUGCACUUGAGGAAGCUCGAGAUUUGCUAGACUUUAAACAACUUGUAGAACGAGUUAUGCAGUGGAUAAAGGAAAGAGAAUUGCUGGUCAGUGCAGGUGACAUGGGUCGAGACAUGGAGCACUGUUUAGCUUUGCUGGAGAAAUUAGAUGGUACGCAAGCAGAUGCGAGUGUUGAUCAUACUACUGUCAACUCUGUAAAUCAGUUGGGUAAAAAAUUGAUCUCGCAAGGACGUUCGUCAAAGGAUGAAGUUCAACGGCAACUUAAAGAACUAAAUGAUGCUUGGGCGUUGAUACAAAGCAAGCUCAGUACAUAUCGCUCAGAAUUACGAGCAGCUCUUGAAGUUCAUGCAUUUAAUCGUGAUGUUGAUGAUACUUGUGAGAGGAUACAAGAGAAGCUUACUGCUGUUACGAAUGAUGAUCUUGGAAGGGACUUGCAUUCCGUUGAAACACUGAUUCGUAAACAGGAAACGGUCGAAAGAGAUAUGACUGUUAUCCACGAAAAGCUUAAGGCGCAUGACAGUGAGGCUCAGAAGUUACUGGAUAAGAAUCCUCCACUACGAAAUUCAGUUAUAGAAUCAUUACAGAAGCUAGAAACAUUUUGGGAGCAAUUGGUUGGACGAGCAACAGCACGAGGACAAGCUUUAAUGGCUUCUGGUGAUUUGCAUAAGUUUCUCGAUGCAGUGCGCAAAGCUGAAAUAUGGGCAAUGGAUGCUCUCAGUCGUUUUACAACGCAAGAAACUCCACGUUCUGUAGCGGAUGCUGAUGCAAUGAUUGCUAGGCAUACUGAAAAACUUGCUGAAAUCGAUGGAAGACAGUCUGAGAUGUCUGAAUUACGAGAGUGGAGUGCAAAACUGGUUGCUAAACAAUCAGAACACAGAAGUGAAAUACAGCGAGCGUUGAAACGGUUGCAAAAUGUGGAGCAUCAGUUGCGUCAGAGUUGGGAAGCUCGAAAUGCUGCUUUAGCUCGAGCUCGAAAUCAUCAAUUGUUUGCUGAUCAGGCUGCUCGUGCUGAACACUGGCUUGCUUCUAAAGAAACCUUUUUGAAUCAGGCUGGCAUGGGCGAAAGUGUUGUAGCCGUCGAUUCAUUACUAAAGAAGCAUAAUGAUUUCGAGAAGACUCUUAUUGCUCAGAGUGAUAAAAUUGAUGCUUUGAAAAAAGAUGCUGAUGAGCUGGUACAGUGUGAUUCGGAAUAUCGAGAAGAAAUUGAGAAAAUACGAGAUACGGUAGUGACCCGACAUACAGUGCUCAUGGAAUCAUGCAAGCGACGUCAUGAGUUGUUGAAUGAAUCGCGUAAACUACAUGAAUUCAUUGAUAGCUGUGGUGAGUUGAUGACGUGGAUUAACGCCAAUAUUCAGCUUGCAUACGAUGAAAGCUUUCUCGAUCAAACUAAUUUGAGAGCUAAGUUGCAAAAACACUUAACAUUUGAUGCUGAAUUAGAAGCCAAUGAAGGUCGUAUUCAAUCCACGGUUAAAGCGGGCAAUAAAUUAAUUUCUAAUAAACAUUAUGCAACAGAUCAAAUAGCUCUGCAAAUUGCUGAAGUAAAGCGAGGAUGGGACGAGCUCAGAAGGUAA